AUGCUUCAAAUAAUGGUGGAGGCAUUUGCAAAAAGUCUGAUUGAAAAGAUAAUGUUGGAAGCUUUCGAUGUUAUGGAUACUAACGAUGAAAAAUCACGAAUGGAGAGCUGUGACGAGUUGGCCAAUAUUCAGACGCAAUCGAUGCUACAUAUCCACGAUCACUCGUGCAUGAAUUGCAACAAAUCGGAAACGACGGAGCUUAUAGAGAAGAUGGUACGUGGAUUGCGUAAUUUGCAAAUUGGAGAUUUGCCUUCCAUACCAUCAUUCUUAACGAAUUUAGAAAAUCAGGUGAAGCAUGUUGUGCAGAAUGUCGACCGCAGUAUUUCGAUAGAAGAGGGAACCAAGACUUUAGAAGUACCAAUCACCCAGGGACAGGGUGACGUGCACCAAAUAAUACACAACGCAGUUAUCGAAGCAACGCCAACAGAUUCAACAUGUAUCCGCAAUGAAACGGAAAAUUCUGAUUCAAACGACAUAACUAGAGUAUCAGGUAGCGUGUUGCAUCGAAUGAUCGAAGAACUGGAAACGCGAUCAGAGGAAAACAAUGUCGAGAUGGAGACUGAACCUGAUGACACGAUUUCUAAGGAAGUGAUUGCAGUUCGGAAAGAAACUGAAGAAAAGUUUAUAAGAACUGUCGAAAGCGUCGAUGACCCCACUCGAAAUAACAUUGAUCUCCCAUUUGAAAGUAACUCGAAAAAUAACGUCUGUAACUUUGUAUACGAUGGAUCAACACCUUUAUCCCUUGUACAUUCAACACCUUUCACAAAUAACACGUGUUCAGGAGACGUAGCCAUCAAAGAAAUAACAGCCUCGCCUCUGCCCACCCAAAAAGUUUCAUUAUCGGACAUCACAUGCGAAGAAAAUUACCAAACGUCCAACACAAAAUCAGAAAAAUCGAGAAAGAAGGGUAUAUUCAGCAGAAUGCGGAAACAUCUGCGGACCGUUUUUGGUCGUCGAAAGAACUGA